AUGUCCUCGUUGUUAGGUUCUUAAAUCAACAGGACUGUAAUAUCAAUUCGGUUUGUUCGUUUUUUUGUUAGACCGUGAGAGCUUGAAUGACCAUCGACUAAUUUUCUCCACGUUGAGUGAUUUGCUUCGAUUUGUCCUUAUCUGAAAAUCACCCAAACCAAAAUUAAUAAUUCCUUUGGGCCAAAAUUCAAAUUAUUUGGUACCAUCAACGGCCCAGGGAAAGGUAUAAAAAGAGAACCUAACAAGAAAACUCAUCCAUCAGUAUUCACUGCAACACAGAGAGAGCGCGGGGGUUUUGCUCACCUACAACCACUUGACAGAUCAAAAAUCUGCAGAAAGUAGCCCGAUUUCUUGAAGUGUAAAUCUGCCCCUUCUUUCAACAAUCCUUGAGAUCCUCGAUAUGGACCACAGGCGUAAGAUGUUGGCAACUGCAAGCUCUCAAGCUCAAGGUCCUGAGUUCAUUGUUGAUAGAUUCAGUGAUCUUCCAGUUGAAGUUGCUCAUCACAUUCUUUCCUUCCUCCCCUUCAAAGACAUCGGACAGGUGGGCUGUGUGUCCAAAAGAUGUCUAGAGCUUUAUCUUUCAUAUCCGUCAUUGAUUUUUAAUCCAAGUCACCAACAAAGAAAUAACAUGUGGAGACGAUUGGAGGCGUUUAACUAUUUUGAUAAAUUCUUGGCUAAUCGUGAUAGUAAUAAGAUAGAGUGCUUUCGUAUAUCUUGGGACUACCAUUCAGUCAAAUUUGCAAGAGCAUUUAAUGAGUUGCUCAGAAUAUCCACAUGGAUCCGUCAUGCGGCAAGGUGUAAUGUCCAAGUGUUAGAUCUUGACUUCGAUAUGCAGUGUAGAGUACCAUUAGAGUUAUUGCCGUCUUCCAUCUCUGCUUGUAAAUCUUUGAGAACUUUAGUGAUAGAUUUUAAGUGGAACAUUCUUAAAUGGCCCUCUUCCAAUUUUUUGACUAAUCUCCAAUGUUUGAAGUUGAAUAGGGUUCAAAUAGAAGGUUUGGAGCUUUUUGACAAAUGGAUCCCAUGCUGUAAAUUCCUUAAGGAAUUACAGCUCGUAUAUGUUUCCGGUAUAAAACGUAUGACCGUUAUAAGCUCUUCUUUGGAAUCAUUUAGUUUUGUGCUUUAUGAUCGAAAUCCACUCUGUUAUCUUGGCAUAUCCGGUGAGAAACUUGAAGAUAUACAUAUACAGUGGCAAUGUGCUUCACUUAGCGGAAAAUCAUUAAAUAUUUUUGCUCCAAAUCUGAAGUAUUUGAAAUGGGGUGGGAAUUUGAUGGAUCACCAGAAUCUGGGGAAUUUAACGUGUUUAGAAAAAGCUGAGAUUUAUCUGGAUCCGAAGGUUGAUGAGUCUGAUAAAAUAUUUGAGGUUCUUUGCAGCAUAGGGAGGAGUAAAGUUCUUAUUCUAAAUGAAGAGACCAUGAAGGCUCUGUGCAGGAAAAGUCCCAUGCCAACAUUAGAUGGUAUUUCAUACUUGGGUUUGCGUACUAGCAGCUUGACUGACGAGCUAUUCCCCAAAAUGGUCUCUCUUCUUAAUGGAAUGACUACUUUGCGUAAAUUGUGCAUAACUUCUAAUCCAUCCUUCAUAAGAUGGCGGCCAUUAGAUGCUCCUGAUAAUUCAUCCAGGUAUAAUACGAGCUGCUGUGGAUCCCAUAACCUUGCUUGUAUGCAUGAGCUUCAAGAGGUAAUAAUAGAGCUUUCAAAUGGUACUAAUGAAUGGAAGUUAGCAAAGUAUAUACUGGAGCAUAUUCAGAGUUUGAAGAAAAUGGUAAUUCUUUAUUCAUCCAAGCAAGAAGAAGAUGUGGUAUUGAGAAAAAAACCCGAGAUGAUCUCCGCUGCAACAGUUGUCUUUCAGAAAAAGUAGAGCAGUUGACCAAGAACAAAAAGUGGGGAGAAAGGAGCAGGUAUAAUAUUUUUCAGAGGGAUUUGUUUUUGCUAUAACAUUGUAAACUUAGUCUUGAUGUUGAUUGGUGGUGCAGUAUGAUAUUUCUUUUGGACAAGACACCCCUAAACUUGAUAUAUUUUAAUUUGGAGUAUGGUUUUUGAAUGGCGUACUGCUCUGUUAUUAUUGUGUUUGGAAUAACGUUCCAGAUUCACUCAUAAUUUAAUGGGGUUUUGGAGAUUUUGGUUUAGAUGACAUUGUAAGUGUACUCUCAGAGUUUUUCUCUCCCCUUGUCGAUGGUGGCGAAGCUAAAAGCAACACUACGUCAGUGUUGGGUUCCUCAUCAGGAAACAUCCUCUUAGUUUUAAUCAUAAUGUUACUAUGUGUCUUGUUAUCGGUGCUAUGUUCCAUGAAAUGGGUAUACAUAAGUAAAAUGUAUGGUAAACCAUGUAAAACAUAAUUACAAUAUACCAAUUUUCUAUGAGAAUAGAUUAAUGUGCACUUUUCUUGAAUAAUAAUGUGUACUUGUAUCAGUUACUAUAGCCAUAAGCUAUGUUUCUAAGCUAUUUAUCAAGCUAUCUAGUAAUAUGGCUCUUU